AGGAGGAAAGCGAUGCAUCAGCCAUAUGUGGAGCGGUUUGGGGGGCGGGGUACGCGUAUGGGCUUGUGGAUAGGCUUAGCUCAAUAUAGAGACACAUACAGCUACAUCGUAGAAACAGUAUGUUUUAAUCAAUGCAAACGACUUCACAGCUUGGAUAAAGUAAAGGCAGCAGGUCUUCUUCACCCUCCCAGCAAGGAUCGGUCCUUUUCACACGACAACAGCAGGACGCCUCCCGAAUCUCCAUCGGACUCUGCGCCGCAUCUGCCUCCGCGCUGCUGCCGCUCCAUCCACAACCGCUCAACGCCAACGGAGGAGAGCCAUUCCGAUUUCCGUGCCAUGUGCACCACGACAUAUGUGUGAUUUGAUGCGGUGACAGCGGAGGGUGAUGGACCAGUUGUUAUCAAAUUCCUUCAGAAGCACCAACGGUGAAGCGUUGAAGGCGGUCGUGUAGAGAGAAGACCUUCACAUACGCAGCGGCCCAUCGGAGAGAGACGUUUUUAUUACUAGUGCAAAGGACCAGUUAUCGCUUCCAUGUCAACCAUAACAAUGGGGGAGCAGCCCAUCUACAGCACGAGGGCCCACGUCUUCCAGAUCGACCCCAACACCAAGAAGAACUGGCUGCCCACCAGCAAGCACGCCGUCACCGUCUCCUACUUCUAUGACAGCACGCGCAACGUCUACCGCAUCAUCAGCCUGGAUGGUACAAAGGCAAUAAUCAACAGCACCAUCAGUCCCAACAUGACGUUCACAAAGACCUCACAGAAGUUUGGCCAGUGGGCGGACAGUCGAGCUAACACUGUCUACGGCCUGGGAUUCUCUACUGAGCAUCAUCUAGCCAAGUUUGCAGAGAAGUUCGCAGAGUAUAAGGAAGCAGCACGGCUCGCUAAAGAGAAGAGUCAAGAAAAAAUGGAGAUGGCCACGUCCCCUUCGCAGGAGUCCCCAGGAGGCGAGCUCUCGUCACCUUUGACCCCUGUGACUCCGCCCAUGGAAAGCAUCAACGGCACGGAUGACAUGUGUGACACAACACCAAACUCAGACGCCCGUCCAGAGCCGUCGCAGAACGCACUGGCCUUUGCUCACAGCCCUGCCAUGACAAAACACUGGGAGGCUGAGCUGGAAGCCCUGAAGGGGAACAAUGCCAAGCUAACUGCGGCUCUGCUGGAGUCCACAGCUAACGUCAAACAGUGGAAACAACAACUGGCAGCCUACCAGGAAGAGGCCGAGAGACUACACAAACGGGUGACGGAGCUUGAGUGUCAGAGCAACCAAACGCCAGUGAUCAAAUCCCAGAAGACUGAACUCAACCAAACCAUAGAGGAACUAGAGAAUACCCUGAGAGAUAAAGAAGAGGAAAUGGAAAAAUUAAAAGAGGAAUUGGAAAACAUGAAUGACCUGAUGGAGCAGAAAGAUACACUUACCCAGAAGCUUGAGGAGACAGAGCUACGCGGGCGGGUGCUGGAGGAGCAGCUGAUGGGUGCCGAGCAGCGGUUGGAGGAUAACCAGGAGGAGCAGGAGAAUUUCAGGAAGAGCCUGCGGACGCUGCUGGAGCUGCUGGACGGAAAGAUCUUUGAGCUGACGGAGCUCAGAGACACCUUGGCUCGCCUGAUCGAGGAGGCCAGCUAGAGGAGGAGCUACCUGAUCUUCACAGACAGAGCCAUAUUAUAAUUUACAUACUGGCACUUAUUGAUUUAACCUAUUUGCCCCCACUACACACCCCAAUUCUGAUUUAGCUCAAAAAGGCAGCUAACUCCCCAACUUACGUUGAAGACAUCACGCUCUAUUCCUCCUCCUGCCUUCUGAUUGGCUAUUGUAGGCGUAACCUUGGUAGAGUUGACCCCUUCAGAUGUGGAGAUGCAUGCUGUGGCACACCGCGACUGCCCUCCAGACCCCCCCCCACGCCCUCUCUAAGAGUUCACUUUAGACCUGCAUCAGGGCCAUCUGCUGUUUGACAGGGGAAGCUGCACCACAGCUCGCAGCAUCACAACAUUACACGUACCCCCCCCCCCCCCCCCACCCCCUCCCUUUAUUCCUCUCUCAACUGUCCCCCAAGGGGAAUGUUGAAAGUCAUGUGGAAAUAAUUGCUGUUAAGACUUAGAAAACUGCGCCAAAGCUGCCAAAUCCCCUCAAAAUAUUGUGCUAACUAGCAGAUGCUUUGAUCCAAAGUGACUUACUGUAAAGAGAGGUGCUGAAUAGAGAACCAGAGAACCAGAGUCCCAUGUUUGUGUCCGAGCUGCCAACAGGAAAUGAAAGGCUGGCUCUCUACGAAUCAAUCCGUCUUACCAGUAGGCCAGGCCACACAGGGCUGUUGGGAAAUGAAGUUUGGUUUAUUUAUCCUGAAUGACUGCUCGUAUGCACACACUAUACACAGAAUUCGACAUGAUAGAUACUGUAAGUAUUGAAUUUCCAAAGGCAUUGUUCAUGCUACAUUUGAAUUUUAGAGUCCCCAUGUGCCCAUAAUAGAUUCAACUGGAGGAUUUGGGUAUCCAGACUGCUUCCACCCUCACAGACACCUGACCUGUCUUCCUGCCAAACUCAGUGUGGCAUGUGUCCCCAAAUAAGGCCUGACCUUUGACAUAAUGGGUGCCUUCAAAGCACACAUGCGUUGACUAAUGUUUGUACAUAAUGUGUGUGUGAGAGAAAUACCCUGUUUGUGGACAUCAAGGCCCCCAGACACACACACACAAACACUGAGCAAUACCAGACAGGCUCAAUACGACACCUCUAUAUCUAUCAGGUACUCUACUCAGUGGACUCAUGCAGAUAGGUCCGAUGCAACUCAGCCGAUCCCCCCCCCCUGUCCGACAGAAAGUGAACUACUGUUGACCGCGAUCCUGUGUGGCGGCCCUGUCUAGGGGAAGAAGUAGUGCUUAGGAAGGGCUUGUGGAGCGUCAUCUACUAUUCGUCAUUCUCCACCCUCAGAGUAGCUGGCCACAGAUUUUCACUCCUCACGCGUGAAUAUAUAGAACUGUACUCAGUUUCUAUUUGUUUUCUACCCGGAAUAUAUUGAUGAUGAUUAUAGAACUGUAUAUGGUAACUUUUUACUCAUGACAUUGUAAAUGAAUAGACUCAAACGCAUUAACGCCCUGCAGUGGCUUAUUGUUGUGUAUUAACCAAUGGAAAAGUAUUGCAUAGUAAUUUUAGAGUAUCUAUUCUGUAGUUGAACAAUGGAAACCUCUUCAAUAUAUAUUUAAAAUGCAUAACACAAUGUAUACACAUUGUGUUAAAUGUGCAGUUCCAAAACAUACACUUCUAAAGCAGCUACUGUACCCGCAAACUCCCCAAACUGCAUCUUAAAAUGAAAAAAAGAGAUCUCUUCACAUGAAAUGCUGCUUAUCCUACCUUUCAAUUGAGCACCCUGUUUGCACUAUGUUAUUACACUGUUAAAACUACAUUAGAUAUCAAGAGAUCUGCAUUUAUACUACACACAGCAUAAUUAUAUAAUCAAAAAUUGUGGUUCGUUGCACAGGUUAAUACACUGGAAUAAGACUCAUGUAAAGGUAGUUACCCAUUCUUUUCUUUCUGGUUUAACUCUGACAGUCGAAUGACAGAGAUGAAAAACCCUGAUAUUAAUGCUAUUGUUAAUGAAUGCCUUUGUACAGUAGUUGAUAAGAAGCUUUUCAUUCUCCUGUUUUGUAACUUAUGGUAUUUAAAUGUAGGUAUUAUUAUUGUAUUUAGAGGUAUGAAAAGACUGGCAAUAUUUUUGACUAUUUAAAGUAAUUUUGAACUCAUGAUAUUAAAGAGGUCCCUCAGGCUUAUGAUGUUCGUAGAUUGGUGAGACUUGUGUGUUUACAGGUGAAAGGAUUUACCAAAUGCUGGGGAAAAGCGACCAGGUGAUACAUCUGUUGGUGCUUUAGCCAAACUAAAUCCUUUGUUAAAUUCCAACAAACACAGCCCAGCAGGCUGAGAACACCUCUGUGAACUAAGAAAUGCUAUGUUUUAUAUUCAAAUACAGAGACAGUCGAAUUCA